AUGGAACAAAUAUCCAAAUCAUCGCUGGUGGCACAAGAUAGGACCACUGGGUCUUUCUACAGUGAUCGCUGGUACCAUGCCCGAGAUCGCGGCGAGCCAGCAAAGUUUUGGAAAACCGCCGUUCCUCGUGACAUGGUUACCAAGGUUAUCACCAUCUACCCUGCCGCCAUUCGUGUAUCGAUAGGUCUUCACAUUGGCCUUGUAGCUGCGGCUGUCGCUACGCUUAUUCUCGAGACUACUGGUACCAGGUUUCGCGACAUCGCGGCAGUUUCAGUUCUGCGAGUAUCGAGUUGA